AAGGCCUUCAAGAUGUGGAAAGAGCGUUUGACGGCGGAACAGAACAGAACAAUAGUUUCCAAUUGGAUUUUUGCUUAAUCAGUCAUAAAUUGCGGCUUAAAAUAAAAUUUUCUUUUCUUACGAUCGCGUUCACGACUGUGCGAUUAGCUUGAAAUCUUCAGAAGUGAUUGUUUAAUAUAGAACAUUGAAGAUAUUUAACUAAAAAAUGGAUCCGGGUAUCCUUUGUUUCCACCAUUGCGAACACAAAGUGUUUUGUACCAUUAUCCCUGAAAAUUGCCCUGUUUGCCAACAGAAACUAGAUAGAUACGAUUACAAUCUCUUACCGUUUAGAGUACCAUAUCCUUUUGUAAAAGCCUCUCAACAUCCGAGGGCUAUCGUCAUGAAGCCUACUCAUGGUGAUUUCUUAAAUGACUACUACAAUUCUAAAGACUUGCACAUAGGGGUCACCAACUCUCAAGGGUGUGUUGUGGAGUUCAGUGAGGAGGGCAUCCGGAGCGUUGACCCCAUUACCAAGAAAUGGAGCGGAUGUGAAACUAGCGUAGACUGGGACCAAUGUCUUUUAUUAGAACAAUUUGAUGAGCUUUGGAAUGAAAUAUGGGAUGGUGUACUGUUAAAGGUGAGCUUAAGUCCACUAUGGGAAGCAGAACGGUAUAAUGAAGAGAGACACAACUGUUUCACAUUUGUGCUCACAUUUCUGCGUGCCCUAGACUGUGGAGAGCUCUCAGAGAGAGCACAUGACCCCAAGCUCUUCUGCAAACAAUAUGUAGUGCCCAGGACUUCAGCCGCAGGGAAGUAUAUCUCUCUUUAUAGGCAACUAAAACGACAGAGCUAUUUUAUACAGAAGCAAUGAUAAACUACUGAAUGUACGUUCAUAGCUGUUGCAGAUAAAGAAUAAAAGAUGCUGCCUCUAUGUGUGAUUUUGGUUCAUUAUCAAGAUAAUUAUAUUUUAAUAGGGGUUGCCAGUGGCUGUUAUAUUUUUACCUUUUUGUUUUUUUUAAUGAGCUUAUUAUAUAGAGGGUAGUUACUUUAUUAAGAUAUUUAAUAUUACAAUUAUAAUAUAAUUUGAACAUACACAGUUAUUUUUUUCUAUUUUACUUUAAUUUAUGUGAAUAUCUAUAUCAUGUUUUUUUAGUACAGACUUCAUGAAUGUGAAAAUGCACUGCCAACCCUAAGCUUUACAUACAUAAUAGAAGAAGUUUUUUUAUGUUUCAUAAUUUGUAUGUGUACUGUACUGUUGUACAUUCCUUGGUUAAAAACCUUAUGAACAUCUAUUCAUUUUAUUCUAUAAAUUUAGCUAUAGUACGAUUUCAAUUCUAUAUUCAUCUAUAGAAUUAAAAUCAUACUAUAGCUAAAUUUUAAUUAUUAAGGUUUUUAAUCUGGCAACUUACCUUGGUCUUUUUUCUGUAGAAGAGCCAAUUUACCAAGCCUAGUUCAGACUAAUUUAGUAUUUUAGUCAAGUACAAACAAUUUUUGGGCGGUAAAUCCAAAAAUCGUUCGUACUCGACUAAAGUAGUCCGAACUAGGCAUAUCUUAGUAUCUCUCCACUUGUACAUUAUGCUUUUUAGAGGUGUUGCCAUUAUUUAUUCUUUAUCUGUGUGUUUUUUAUAAUUUAUUGUGUGUAUUUUUAUUAUCAAUUCAGUAUUAACUGUGAUGUCUCAUAUUUAAGAUAUAAGUUCUUAAAUUUUAAUGCAUUUAAUUCAGACCAAAUAGGUUUAUCAUAUAAUUUGUUUGUAUAAAAUAUAUUGUAUUAAAUUAUAUACUAUAAUGUACUAUAUCUUCAAAAUUCAAUUAUUAAUAAUAUUAUGUUUUACAAAUACAUACAUGAAGGCACAGCCUAGUUUGCCUAAAAUAUAACAAUAAUAAUAAUUUAAUACAUAAUUACUUAAAGUUAAGUUCAAUGCUUGCCACUAAAUAUAAUUUUUAUGGGUGAUUUAUGACAGGAAAUUUCAGUAAGAGGCUUUAAUGUUUCUUUUAUAUAAACUAAAGUAUAUAAUAUAUAAAAAUAUGAAAACAAAUUAUAUACAUAUAUCUAUACCUAUUAUAUGAUAUUGUAAGUUUAGGUAGUUAUUGUUUAAUAAAAUUGUAAUUGUAUUGCAAUAAGUUCUAUACUUUAUAAAUUUUUAUUUGCCUUAUUAUCAUGAGUUUAUGUCAAACUACAGAUUAAUUAUUACUAUUUGUCUACCCUUCCAAUGAAAACUUCUUAACUGUACUUCCAUAGAUAAUAAAUGAAAAUUUACGAAAUGCCUAAACAUAUUUGUAAGACUGUAGUUCAUAAAACUGUAUGAAUAUUCAUGUAUCCUCAACUGCAUGUUAUAUGCAUUGAUCAUGCAAGAGGCACUUUUACAUUUGUAACAUAAAUUCUGCAUAUCUUUUUAUAAUUAUUAAGGUAUAAACAGGUGCUCCACGAAAGUUGAAAAAAAAAAUUAGUAAAUAAGCCUUUUAGUUCAUUUACAAAUCUGAUCACAAUUUACAAAAUAUAAUAUACCUUUGCGUCGUCCGCGGCAUAUUCGCUUAAUUAACCUAUAUACCUACCUUUCAUUAGAUCCCAAGAUGUAUAGUUUCUACAUAAGUAAAGAUAGAUUUACAUUAUAGAAAAUACUAAAAAAAAACGUAUUGCGCGUUUCAAUUUUCGUGGAGUGAGCUGUAUCAAAAACAUAUUUGGUGUCUAUAUAUGGAAUUGUAUGUUUGUAGUCAAUUAGGAUUUUCUAAAUGUUUACACUGUGGAUAGGUACUUAUCUUGUUUCAAUGUCAAGUCGUUCUAUAAUCAUCUUCCAGUGUUUGCUCUAAUAGAUUUCUCAAAUAUUUAGAUAUCUAUUGCACUUAUUAACAUAAAUUAUUAUGAAGAUUUGAAUAAUCUGAAUUUGUAUAUAUUAUUUUUAUAAUUGACAUAUGAAAAUCCAUCAAAAUAUGAAAACAAUAUAUGAAAACAAUAUAUGAAAACCGAAGAGAACCCCAUAAUCGCGCGAGAGCUUUUUAACGGACAUUAAAAAAGCGUUCAAAUAUAGUAUGUUGUUAAAUGAAGGUCUAUUUCCAACGCCCAAAAUUGAAAAUGGAUCACUGCUCGAAAAAAAGCGUUGUGUUUUAAAAACGCUGUCGUGUGAACAUAUACUUGGCAAUGGAUUCUUUGUAUUUGAACGCUUUUUUAAUAGAUGACCUGAUUUAAAAUUUUAAUAAAUUUCACCGCAAUGUUACAAUACGUCGAUUUGUCUAUAACGUAUCAUAUUAUGUAUAUAUCCUAGCCGAACUUAACGAUGAACACAACUUAUCUACUGCUUUAGAAUUUUUAUAUGCAUAAUAAGGUGUGUCCACAUUUAUAUUUUAGGAAUGGCAAAACUGACUCGUAUGGGUAAACAGUGACAUGACAUGCAAUACGAAGAUAAAUCACACGGCUAUUGUAAAAUAUGUUUGCCGUCUAUUCAUCAGUUGAGCUAUUUUAAGCAAACCAGGCGACGUUUAUAAUCUUGACAUCAAAAGAGCCAGCGAGCCGUGAUUACUAUUCAGGGUUGUGAACUCUUAAAUAUUAUACUUUAUAGUCUGUCUCUAUAUAGUAUCUUUUCUCCGGAUUUUCUUAUAAACCUAGGUACCUACACAUUAUAAGUAUAUCGUAAUUCACCGACUUGCAGUAAGGCGUAGGUACCUUCUACUUAAAGUCAAGUUCGAAUUCGGUCAUUAACUUACUGUCCUUUGAAAAUGUAAUAAAAAAGAGUUUGAAUUUUUGAGGUCUCUCAAAGGAUCCUAUAAUGGGAUUGCCUCUACAUUUGACGAAAAAAAUUUAAAUUUGUCGGGAUUAAGACGCCCUAUCUAAUGCAUGCCGCAUGAUCUAAAUUCCAGCGAAGUCGCAAUCCCCGAUAUCCUAGUCGUAGUUUUACAUUCGGCAUCCCAACUAAGGCCAAACAGCUUACAAUACUUUUUAAAGAGUGUGGGUAACUAUACAUUCCGUCCCUUCCAUUUUUUUUACUGUAUUGUUUUAGACUCUGGCAGAUUGCGCUCGCCAAAAUCCCAAAAUGAGGCUACAGCAAAUACACAAUAAAAAGGGCCUAAAACCGCUAUUGUUAGCAACCAUUUAGUUUUUCAUUCUAGAGUUAUUAAGUCUCAUGGAAUUAUCGCUUUUUGCCUCAGCUGGAUUUCUAUAUUUGCUAACGGUUAUAUAACAUUUGUGGAAUAGGUAUUAAUAAUAAAUGAACUGUAUUGCCCUAUUUAUCUUCCCCAAUGUAAGUGCAAUGAUUUGUCUCAUUUAUACAUUGUAAAUUGCUUAAGUAGGUAAGAGUAUUCUGAUAUGAUUCGCUGCUUGCUUGUACUCGUACGUAAUCAAUCAAAGGCACAUGUUUAAUUAGUUUAACAUCUUCAUAUUAUCCUAAGUAAUAAUUAAAAUUACGUAUAGGUAACUCAACUGUCGGAUGUACUGCCAUAAUUGAGACUCUUGAGAUUUUAUACUGAUAGGGUUAAGUAGCUGGUAAAAUUCUUUGGAAUUGCUUUGUCUCCGGGAUAUGUGACUCAGUUCUUGAAUUACUGUCAAUUGGCUUUGUUUCAUUCUCGUGAAUAUCGUCUUGUUUUUUCAGACUCAGAGGCUAGGUUCACACGGUAAUACUAAUAAUGCAAUGGGGAUGAUGACUUUUUAUAAGACAUUCGGGUAAAUAAUGUCAAUGUUAACUAAUUUAUACAUAAAAAGCAAAGAUUGUCUGUAUAUUUGCAAAAUAAAUAAGAUUAUAAAAUUUCAAAAUAUACUAAAAAUCUUUUAUCGUAAUUUGACGAAAAUUCAUACAUUUUUAGCUUCCUUACAUCAAACGUGGCAUUUUUAAAUAAAUGAACUAUCAACAAAAACGCACUAAUAUCAAAGAUAAUAUUGUCUAAUUUUGUUAGAACGCCCAUACCAAUUUAAUGAUCGUUAUGAUCAACGACUUCAUUAUUUCUUGCCCUGUUGUGUGAGGCGUUUUCAGGGAUCCGUGGCAGUGCCGCAAAUAUGACCCUUCAAAUCUCUGUAGGUCCGAAAGUAAUGAUCGCAGAUACCCUGUUGUUACUUUUACAAAAUUGCUUUAUAUAUAUAUAAUACUCCUAAUGUAUAUACAAUUUAAAAAACCGUCAUCAUCCUUAUUGCAAUGCGUAAUGAAAAUCGCUUAUGCUCCCAAGUUUGCUUAGUGCAUGCACAAUGCUGCUAUUUCCAGGUUGUAUCUUAUAGGAUGUGACUGUAAGUGAUAUAUUUGAUGCAUCGAAUACUUGAUCUUUACGGAAUUACCAGUGGGCCUAAGAUGCCACGAGAUGAGCUGUCUUGUGAAGACAAAAAAACAUAUUGUCGAUUAAUAGCGGAAUUGUGUCGCAAAUGGUCGACAAUAUGUAUAUUCUCUUCAUGAGAUAUCUCUUCUUUGGCCUUCUGGUAAUCGAGGCGCUAGACACAAUAGUAGUGUUAAGUUGGCAAUGAUAUGAUGAAUGAAUAAGAUAUACACUUAUCCGUCGCAAUUAGCGUUGGAUAUCAUGCUCAAAACGGGAUUGGUAAAACACACUUGUUCUCUUUUACCUCUGUUCCUGCGAAAGCUUAAAACGUUCAACGGAUUCAUUCUGAUUUUCUUUGAAAAUGCUGAAGUAGACAAAAGUAUAAAACUUAAUAUGUAUAUUCAAUUCCUGAAACAAGUUAUCGUAGGGAUACUGUAAGUUACCUAAAGGCUUAGGCAUGACAUUUAGGUAGAGGCGUGCCUAAAUGUCACGCCUGUUACAGGCGUACCUAUAGUCUGGCAAGUUUGUUGAUGACACUCCCAUGAUAUGCGGGCGACAGGGGGAAAGACUGCGCGGGUGUGAAAUCGUGCGUGCGGGGAAGUAAGGUGCAUCAGUCGUGAAUUUUUCAUUCAUCGCUACACGCCCCCGGCCCGCGCGGACCAUCGGGAGUGUUACGAACGAAGUUGCUAAGCUAUACGCAGGUUAUGAUUUUUUUUGUAAAUUAAUAAUUCUAAUAUACUUGCCGGAUUAACGUAUCUUACUUUCUAGUACAGUAACUACGAGUAGGUACCUUACUAAGCUACCAUGUUUAUGUAUAAAAUCAGUACCAAUAAGGUAAUACAUACGUUUGAUUUAUAUGAUACCUACUCUUGCAUAUAAAAAAUGCCAACACUUACGUUUGGUAAGGUUUUCCUACAAAAAUGUGCAGUGAACUACCGUAUGGACGUAGCCUUAGAGUUACAAUUUGCACUCAUAUUUAUAGUUAGUUUUACAUAAACAUUAAACACGAACCAAUUUGACCGCUAAAAGUAGUCUUGCCUGAAAACAGUAAUUUCAUCGAUAAAUAUGAGUGCUUGUUCCUAUAUACUGCUAAUGUACGAAUUUUUGUAUUGAUCUCUAAGACAAUUUUUCUAGGUGCUACAAGUAGUAUAAAAAAUGUUACAACUUUUCUGUACUUUUUUUAUUUUUUAUGUUGUUUUGAAAUAAAUGACUUAAUUUAUCGAAAA